AAACAGGCCCCGAGAGAGAAAGGGACGGAAACCUUUGCAGCAGAGCUGCGAGUACACUCUUCCCAGUUCUCUCUCUCUCUCUCUCUCUCUCUCUCUCAUCAAAGCUGAACCAAAGAAAAGAGGUUUCUGGGUGAUCCAAAACCCUAACCACAAUGUUCACUGAAGGACUUGACAACAAUGCCCUUCGAUGGGUCAGAGAGGGUAAUCUUAAUCAGAAGAAGGAACUUCCUUACUCGAUUUCGAACUUACGGCCUCAAAUGGAUUCUUAUUCAAAAAUCCGAACCGUUGGUGGUGGUCGAGGGUUUGGACUGCCUCCCCCAUCGAAAUUCCGAAGCGGUCUAUCUGGUGUAAUUCCAGUUACAAGAACCAUACCUGUUGAUGGGGAUGAUAGUGGUGGGUCUGGCUCUGACAAUGACGCAACCACUGAUUCGGAGGAGGAGGUUUAUGGGGGUAGAUAUUCGCUUGAUUCAUCGCCGCAAGAUGAUAGAGUUCCUAACAAUGCAGCUGCUCAAACAUACUACAAUUCGGCUCAGAGGCAACCCCGUUACGCCAGUGAUUCCGUGUACUCCGAUGAUGUUAGUUCUUCGAGGGAAACAAUUAGGAGAGGAAAUGGGAAUGUGGCAGAGAGACUGAUUGGGGGAGCCAAUAGGUACCCAGUUGGAAGGAAUAGUUACAUGGAGGAUGAUUCCUCUGAUUCGGCUGCAAGCUCUGAAUUUUCGAGCACUCAACUGGGGAGCAACAAUGGUGCUGGGCCGCCUCGUGCAAGAACGGGUAAUGUUGCUUCUCAGGUGAAUGCGAAAAAAGCUGCAGUAAAGGAUUCAUGUACUAGAAACUUGCAGACUGGAACGCUUUCUGAUGAUGAUAUUCCCAGUGCACCUCCAAUAUGUGGUUCUGCUGGAGAAAUCAAGCAAGAUGCUGAACAGCUUCCAACUGCUAGACCACAUUACACACCCCGUGCAGCCGAUUCACAUGAUUCAGUUAAAAAUGGCCCAAAUAUUCAUGAAAACAUUUCUUCUCAGGUUAAACCACGAGAUAGUACUGGACAGAAGCUUGCUGACCAGUCCGUGAGGAGUACUACUGGUAUAGAAAGUGGUGCACCCUCAGGUUCAGUCCCUGCUCGCCUCCCAACAUUUCAUGCCAGUGCACAAGGGCCGUGGCAUGCUGUGAUUGCAUAUGAUGCAUGUGUUCGGCUAUGCCUUAAUGCUUGGGCAAAGCAAUGCAUGGAAGCUCCCAUGUUUUUGGAAAAUGAAUGUGCUCUAUUGCGCAACGCGUUUGGUUUGCAGCAAGUGCUUUUACAAUCAGAGGAGGAACUAAUGGCAAAGCGCUCUUCUGAGCUUGCUAGCGAGGGAACUGCCCCAAAACCUAAGAAAAUGGUUGGGAAGAUGAAGGUGCAAGUUCGUAAAGUGAAAAUGGCUCUGGACCCACCUACUGGCUGCAGUUUUUCAUCCCUUAAGGCACCAAAGAUAAAAAUGACAGACGUCCGAUAUCGCCUUUCCAGUUUGCAAUCAACACUCUCUUCUGGGUGGCAAGCACUGAGAAAAGUUCGUUUUGUUGCUCGCAUACCUCCAAAUGGUUCUUUUUCACGCCAGAGCUUGGCAUAUGUGCAGGCUAGUGCUCAGUAUGUGAAACAGGUCUCUGGACUCUUGAAAAUUGGCGUAACAACUCUGCGCAGCAGUUCAUCUUCUUAUGAAGUUGUACAAGAAACAUAUUCUUGUUUAUUACGACUGAAAAGUUCAAGUGAAGAGGAUGCUAUCAGAAUGCAACCUGGAUCUGGUGAAACCCACGUGUUCUUACCAGAUAGCCUAGGAGAUGAUCUAAUUGUUGAGGUUCAAGAUUCCAAGGGGAAGCAAUAUGGCCGUGUCCUUGCUCAAGUGGCUGCUAUCGCUGAAGAUCCAGGUGACAAGCUGCGAUGGUGGUCAAUUUAUCAUGAACCAGAGCAUGAGCUUGUUGGCAGAAUACAGCUCUACAUCAAUUACUCAACAAGUUUAGAUGAAAAUAGUCAUCUUAAGUGUGGUUCUGUUGCAGAAACUGUGGCAUACGACUUGGCACUAGAAGUUGCAAUGAAAGUACAGCAUUUUCAACAAAGAAAUUUAUUGCUGCAUGGCCCAUGGAAAUGGUUGCUAACUGAAUUUGCAUCCUAUUAUGGAGUUUCAGAUGCAUACACUAGGCUAAGAUAUCUUUCUUAUGUCAUGGAUGUGGCAACACCGACAGCAGAUUGUCUCACACUGGUGUAUGAUCUUUUGUACCCUGUAGUUAUGAAGGGCCACAGUAAGAACACAUUGAGUCAUCAAGAGAACCGAAUCUUAGGAGAAAUUGAGGAUCAAAUCGACCAGAUUCUUGCUCUGGUUUUCGAGAAUUAUAAAUCCGUGGAUGAAUCAACACCAUCUGGAAUGAUUGAUGUUUUUAGGCCUGCAACUGGGCUUGCAGCACCUGUAUUGGAGCCUGCUGUGAAACUAUUUACCCUUCUGCAUGAUAUACUGUCUCCCGAGGCGCAGAAUAAGCUGUACAGCUUUUUUCAGGCUGCUGCAAAAAAGAGGUCAAAAAGGCACUUGACUGAGACGGAUGAGUUUGUUACCGGAAACAAUGAAGGCAUUUUGAUUGAUGCUGUUACCAUGUCUACUGCUUAUCAAAAGAUGAAAUCUUUGUGUUUGAACAUCGGAAAUGAAAUUUUCACUGAUAUAGAGAUCCACAAUAAACAUAUACUUCCUAGUUUCAUAGAUCUUCCCAAUCUUUCCUCAGCAAUAUACAGCGCAGAACUUUGCAAUAGAUUGCGUGCAUUCCUCAUUGCGUGCCCUCCAAUGGGCCCUUCACCUCCUGUAGCAGAACUUGUCAUUGCAACUGCAGAUUUCCAAAGGGAUCUUGCCAGUUGGGGUAUCAAUCCUGUCAAAGGUGGAGUUGAUGCAAAAGAAUUGUUCCAUUUGUAUAUUAUGCUCUGGAUUCAAGACAAGCGCCUUUCUUUGCUCGAGUCAUGCAAAUUAGAUAAGGUUAAAUGGUCAGGAGUCAGGACACAACACUCAACAACGCCUUUUGUUGAUGAGAUGUAUGAACGCUUGAAAGAGACAUUGAAUGACUAUGAAGUCAUCAUCUGUCGCUGGCCAGAAUACACUUAUGUUUUGGAGAAUGCCGUUGCUGACAUAGAAAGGGCAGUUGUGGAGGCCCUAGAUAAGCAGUAUGCAGAUGUCUUGUCACCAUUGAAGGAAAACUUGACACCAAAGAAAUUUGGUCUGAAAUAUGUCCACAAGCUUGCAAAACGAUCCGUGUGCCCCUAUCUAGUCCCUGACGAGCUUGGAAUUCUUUUGAAUUCCAUGAAGAGGAUGCUGGAUGUAUUGCGCCCUAAGAUAGAGCAUCAAUUGAAGUCAUGGGGGUCAUGCAUCCCAGAUGGGGCCGGGGCCAACACAGCCCCUGGAGAGCGUCUCAGUGAAAUAACCGUGAUGCUUAGAACCAAGUUCAGAAAUUUCCUUCAAGCAGUUGUGGAAAAGCUAGCUGAAAAUACAAGGUUACAGAAUGCUACAAAACUGAAGAAGAUUCUCCAAGAUUCAAAGGAAUGUAUGGUAGAAUCGGAUAUAAGAACUCGAAUGCAGCCACUGAAGGACCAGCUGACGAGUACAAUAAAUCACCUCCAUACCAUCUUCGAGAGUCAUGUUUUCAUUUCAAUAUGUCGGGGCUACUGGGACAGGAUGGGACAGGAUGUUCUGAGUUUCUUGGAGAACAGGAAAGAGAAUAGGUCGUGGUACAAAGGUUCACGAAUUGCUGUCUCUAUUCUGGAUGAUACCUUUGCAUCACAGUUGCAGGAGCUCCUGGGGAAUGCCCUUCAGGAGAAGGACUUGGAGCCCCCCAAAACUAUCAUAGAAGUUCAGUCAAUGCUUUGCAAAGAUGCUCCAAGUCACAAGGGCAACACAUACUACUAUUAACCCUAAUUUGUUUUGUAGAUAUGAGCGCCAGAAGAUGACAUAGGUACAUGAGAGUGAAGAGGGGGGGGGGGGGCGGGCCCAUAGGACAAUUU